GCGGAGCUUAGCGCCGCUGGGGGCGGGGCCAGCUCCGCCGCUUUCCUAGGCGGUCGCUGUGCGGAGCGGGCACGCGCGGACCCUGCACCGGCCGCGGAGCCGCUAUGGGCCCGCCAGGCCCCUGGCGCGGCGCGGCGCAAGCACCGGCUCAGAGCCAGGAUUGAACCUCCAAGAUGGAUGAUCAGGAUCCUGGGGGCAUUAGCCCCCUUCAGCAAAUGGUGGCCUCAGGAGCUGGGGCUGUGGUCACCUCCCUCUUCAUGACACCCCUGGAUGUGGUGAAGGUCCGCCUUCAGUCUCAGAGGCCCUCAGUAGCCAGUGAACUGACACCUCCUUCCAGAUUCUGGAGUUUCUCUUACACCAAAUCACCCUCUACUCUACAAUCCCCAGGGAAGUGUCUCCUCUACUGCAACGGUGUCCUGGAGCCCCUGUACCUGUGCCCCAAUGGCCCUCGCUGUGCCACCUGGUUUCAGGAUCCGACCCGAUUCACUGGCACCUUGGAUGCCUUUGUGAAGAUCGUGAGGCAUGAGGGCACUAGGACCCUGUGGAGCGGCCUCCCAGCCACCCUGGUGAUGACUGUGCCAGCUACUGCUGUCUACUUCACUGCCUACGACCAACUCAAGGCUUUCCUGUGUGGUCAGUCCUUGACCUCUGACCUCUAUGCACCCAUGGUGGCUGGUGCCCUCGCCCGCAUGGGCACUGUGACAGUGAUCAGCCCCUUGGAACUUGUGCGGACCAAGCUACAGGCUCAGCACGUGUCAUACCGGGAACUGGCUACCUGUGUUCAAGCUUCGGUGGCCCAGGGGGGCUGGCGCUCACUGUGGCUGGGCUGGGGUCCCACAGCCCUUCGAGAUGUGCCCUUCUCAGCUCUGUACUGGUUCAACUACGAGCUGGUGAAGAGCUGGCUGAACGGGCUAAGACCAAAGGACCAGACAUCCGUGGGCGUCAGCUUUGUGGCUGGUGGCAUCUCAGGAAUGGUGGCUGCCACCCUCACUCUACCCUUCGAUGUGGUGAAGACCCAGCGGCAGAUCGCACUGGGAGCAGUGGAGGCCAUGAGAGUGAAGCCCCCAAGAGUUGAUUCCACCUGGCUCCUGCUUCGAAGAAUCCGAGCUGAAUCGGGCACCAGGGGACUCUUUGCAGGUUUCCUCCCAAGGAUCAUCAAGGCCGCUCCCUCCUGUGCCAUCAUGAUCAGCACGUACGAGUUUGGCAAAAGCUUCUUCCAGAGGCUCAACCAGGAACAGCCUCUGGGCCACUGAAAGGCGAGGAACAACCAGCUCUUGCAUGGGUGGGGACAGAAGACUGAGCCAAGUGCCUUCCCUCCCAACCCAGUCAUCCAGUACCCCACAUUUCGACUCCUGCUGUUCCCUUUCCUUGUAUCUCCUUGAUGUUUGUUGUAGCUUGGCCCUGGGUAAUCAGGCUCUCGGGCCAGGCAGCCUUGUUUAUCCCCUGUCUAAAGAAGAUGACCUUCUGUGCA